AUGACAUUUGGAAAUAUGAGCGAAGUGUGCGAGCAUGCCACAGUUCCUUUAUGUAACUUGAUUUCUUCGGGUGACGAUCUUUUUAAGACAGGGGUGGUUCCUAAAUGUUAUGCCAGAAGUAUUUAUGUUGCCAAUACGGUUAUUUUCCAAGUGGGUACGACCAUCAUAAAUAUCGGGGCUUUGAUUCUUAUCGUCUUGAUUCUUUUCAAUAUCAGAAGUAAGUUCACGGCCAUAGGGAGAGCUGAGAUGAUGUUCUUGUACUCAUCUUUGUUAGUAUUAACUGUUUUCUCAAUUGUCAAUGAUUGUGGGGUUUCUCCGCCAGGCUCCCGUACCUAUGGCUUUUUAGUUGCAGUUCAGAAUGGUCUUUCCUCGGUAUGCUCAUGGGCUCUAAUGGUAUGUGGCUUUUUGGGUUUCGAACUUUGGGAAGAUGGAAAGAAGAGAUCAAUGAUGAUGUUAUAUGUCUCAAGUCUUGGAAUAUUUGCGUUAACAUUUAUUUUGUCUGUGUUUGCUUUCCGUAACUUAGACUCAUCCGUUAGUGUUGGUAGGGAUACUGCCCUUUUUGUGGUGUUGUACCUCCUCAACGCUAUAUUUGUAGCAAUUUAUUUUGUUUCACAAGCGAUUUUGUGCCUAGGAAUUUUGAAGAAUGUUUGGGCAUUUGGGGUCAUCGCUCUCAGUUCAUUCUUCUUUGUUUUUGCCCAAAUUUUGACUUACCUGUUGUCUAAAGUGAUUUGUGAAGGAUGCAACCAUUAUUUAGACGGCUUAUUCUUCGGUACUUUAUCCAACACUCUCGCAAUUAUGAUGAUCUAUAAGUACUGGGAUAUUAUUACGGCAGAAGAUUUGGAAUUUAGUGUUAGCAAUGGUGAAUCUUUUACCCAAAUGUUCGGUUCAUAUGAUGAUAAGAAGAGUGAUUUGAAUUACAGUGACAGUAGAUCAAAUCUUAAUUAUCCACUCUAA